UUUCCUGUUCGGCUAAAACUAAGGUCAACAUUAUUUAAUUAAUUACGAUAUUUUUAUUGUUCUACUGUACCUUAUUUACCUAGAAGGGUUUGCUGAAUAUGGAAGAGUUGAAUGAUUUGCUGCUUCGCGCUUUCGAUUCUUCUUCGUUUCGCGUGUCAAUGUUCAAUAUGGAACCGCGGGCUUACGGAAAAGCAGGGGAAGAGAUCGUUAUUAAACGUUUUUCUACUGUCGCACCAAUGAAAAAUAAAGCUCGCAGUGGAGUGGAAGACCUGAUAGCUUUCCGAGUUAGCCAGCCGGUUAAGCUGCAGACCGUUGGGAUCUUCGGCAACGCAUCACGCUUUGCCAAAUACAAUGUCAUUAUGAAAGUGAUACGCGUGAUUGCCGAUCAACAAGAGAUUAUCGCCAGCCGCGACACAAUGUGUACCGCGGAGAAUACUAAUUGUAUCUUUCGAGUGGCGUUUGAGGAACUCGUGCCCAUUGAACCGGAAAACUUCUAUAUUGUCUCCGUUAUUCUCGAUGGCGAACAGGCGUGGUACGGUUGCGGCGGGAAGCCUAGUGUGGACAGUUCAGGAGCGGAUAAUAUUCUGACGGUUGAUUUCUUCGAAGCUGGAUUGGCUCCAUCGUCGGCUCACCGUGCACGGCACGCGCAUUACGGGACACGUCAUCUCACGCAGCGGCGACGCCACACCAGCGGAAAUAUCACCAAUGUCAGCGAAGGACAAAUUCCUGAGCUGAUAUUUCGCUCGAUUGCGUUAACAAGGAAAAUGAUGGUAAUUUAA